CUGUUCCCUUCCCACGUUUAUAUGUCCGCUCCCUGCCUCCCCCUUCCUCUCGCCAAAAUUCUAUAUAUAUUUUCCGCUGCGAUCCUUGUUCUGAGAUUAAUCGCUCCAAGAACGGCAUUUUCUCGUUUUUCCUGCGAUAUUGGAUCGUCGGAGCCGAUAAAGUUGGAAUCUUGGGGGGGUCGCGGUGUCGGAGUCGAAGUGCUGAGUGCGAAAAAUUGCGUCUCGGAGAGAGUUUCCGCGGUACGGAUGAAAGUGCAAGUAGAGGCGAGAAAUGGGGAGGAGGAGAAGCGAGCGGCGGGAGCGAAGAGGAAUGCAGGGAGACUGGUGAGGAAGCGCGGGUGUAGCAGGCGGACACGGCGGCGGGUGCAGGCCACCUCCACCGCGAUCCAGCGGCUGUUCUUGGCCUGCAAGACGGUGUUCAAGGGUCCCGGCACGGUGCCCGAGCCUGCCGACGUCCAAAUGCUGCAGCUUCUCUUAGAUAAAAUGAGACCAGAAGAUGUCGGCCUAAGCACAGAUGUUCUCUUCUUUAAGGCCAAAAGUUCUUCCAAAGGAGCAAGGAUCACAUAUUCCACGAUAUACAAGUGCCGAAACUUUUCGAUGUGUAUAUUCUUCUUGCCCCCAUCUGCAGUGAUUCCUCUUCAUGACCACCCUGGGAUGACUGUCUUCAGCAAACUGCUCCUGGGGUCGAUGCAUAUAAGAUCUUAUGACUGGCUUGAUUCUACACCCUCAGCUAAGUUGAGACCGGCAAAGUUGGUAGUGGAUUCUGAUUUCACCGCUCCUUGCGACACUUCAAUUCUUUAUCCAACAACUGGAGGUAACAUCCAUUCCUUCACAGCCAUCACACCGUGCGCUGUGCUCGACGUUCUAGGACCACCUUACUCGAGAGAAGACGACCGUGACAUUACAUACUAUCGCGACUAUCCCGAUGAAAAUGGAGUCAAGGAUCAUUGUCUGGGAUGGUUGGAAGAAAUCGAUAUUUCAGAGGAUUUGAAGAUGGAUGGUGUGGAAUAUCUCGGCCCACAAGUCAUCGAUGGUUGACACCAGUUCUAACAAGUUUUAGAUCAGCCAUGACAUUGACUCUCCUUUUCCUUCUCUUUAGUGGUUUUCCUUGUGUGUCUGAUGUGUAAAGUUAUAAUUGUUUUUGGGUUGAUAUCAUAAUAUAAUUGUUUUUCGUUGCAAAAGAUUUGAUACAUGAUU